UGAGUGCAAAGUCAGUCCACUUUUGGUCGGUCUACCAGAGCAGGUCUCCCAUACACUCUUCUGGUUUAUGUCUUUCAGGACACUUAACUACUGAAUCAAUGUCUCCCUCGGUGUCCCCGCACUUCUUCUCAGAAAAAGAGGUUGCCCGGCAUUGCACCAAGGACUCCUGUUGGGUAUUGUUAGGGACUCGGAUCUAUGAUGUGACAGGAUUCCUUCGAAUGCACCCUGGUGGGGAGGCUCUGAUUUUACGCCGCUCUGGGACGGACAUAAGCCGGGAGCUGGAGGGACCCCCGCACCGCCACUCAGAGAACGCCAGGCGAUGGAUGGAGCAGUACUACAUCGGUGAAUUGGACAGAGACAGCACACAAGGCAGACAGACGCUGAAGGAGAGGAGGAAGACUCCGGAGCACAUGCGGGAGGAAGAGGUGUCGGGCGCCAGUCUCUGCAGCAAAGUGGACCCCAAGACGGACCUGGUGGACUGGGAGAAGCCCCUGGCCUGGCAGGUGGGCCACCUGGGGGAGAAGUACGACACCUGGGUGCACCAGCCCGUCGACCGGCCCAUCCGCCUCUUCGAGUCCCCUCUGAUGGAGGCCAGCACCAAGACCUCCUGGUACAUGGUUCCCCUUGUCUGGAUGCCGCUGGUGUUCUAUCUGAGCUGGAACUGCUACACCAUCCUGGCAAAGGAGCAGACCAGAGUCUUCCUCACAACAGAAUAUUCCUUCCUGGUGCACAAGUACACUUUCCCCCUCUUCUUCAUGUUGGGCAUGUUCCUCUGGUCCUUCAUCGAGUACUGCAUCCAUCGCUUCGUGUUCCACAUGCGUCCGCCCGGCCACAACUAUUACCUCAUCACCCUGCACUUCCUGCUGCACGGACAGCACCACAAGUCCCCAUUCGACGGCUCGCGGCUGGUCUUCCCGCCGGGGUUGGCCUCUCCGGUCAUCGGGGGAUUCUACCUGCUGAUUCGCUGGCUGUUCCCGGAGGGGCUGGGCCUGUCGCUCUUCGUGGGGGGGCUGUGCGGCUACGUGCUCUAUGACAUGAUCCACUACUACCUGCACUACGGCUCCCCCCACAAAGGCUCCUACAUGUACGGCCUCAAGGCCUACCACGUCAAGCACCACUUCGAGCACCAGAGAGCCGGAUUUGGCAUCACCACCACGUUCUGGGACCACCCCUUCAACACUCUGAUCCCGGACGAGACCUUCGAGAAGAGCCAAUGACGAGAGGCGGCCGCCCUCCCCCGCGCGCCCCCUCCCUCCCCGCGGCCCCGCGGCCGCUCCGUCCCCCUCCGCUUCCCCUCGCGCCGUUAGGCCCCGCCCUCCCGAUCCCGCUUCCUGUCCCGCCAGCCAAUCACAGCAGGGAUUUCCCCCCCGUCAAUUACACGGCCCGGGGGAGGGGCUUACGUGUGUGUACAUUUAUUUAUUGAUUCAUUGAUUCAUUAAAAUGUCUGUGGAGAGUUUCAAAACAAAGAUGAUAAAGGGACGAGAGAAUUAAUAUCUUUAGACUGUCUGUCUUAGUCACUGUUCAUGUCACUGUCACCGUUCAUGUUGUCUGUAACCUAAGCUACUGGCCUGAGCGACACAGGAGAGAAGAUGGAGAGGGAGGAAGUGCAAGAGGGCCGGGGAAUGUGGAAGAGAGAAAUUACGAGAGAGUGAGAGAGAGAGAGAGAGAGAGAGAGAGAGAAAGAGAAAAAGAGUGAGUGAGAGAGAGUGAGUAAGCAAGAGAGAGAGAGAGAUAACUGUAAAGUUUCCUCCUUCCUUCCAUGAAUGGAAAAGGGUGAAAGCGAUACGUCAGAAACCCCACACAGUUGAUCGCUUCGGACGAGUGAAAUGAUGGAGGAAGGGAGGACACUGCUUCAGAAUGUUGGGAAGGGGCCCUGCGAGGAGCCGUCCUGGCCAGUGCCUGAUCGCAAACCUUCGGCGUCUGAGCGGUGCGGCUGCUCUCUCCCUCUCCCCGCUGCUGCUACUGAAGGAUGCGCUGCUCGACGCGCGGCGCCGCCCCGGAGUGUUCGCCUGAGCCUGCGUGAAUCGUGACGCGUGUGUGCGUGCGCGUUCUGUGCGUGUGCGUGUUCUGUGUUGUGUGUGUCCGUACGUGUACAGGUGUGUCUGUGUUUGUGGGUUGCUAUGGAUACCCAGUCAGAACCCAGAGAACAUGAAGCAGGGCCUGACGGGCGCUCCUGCAGAGGGGAGCGGACCGCAAGGUGGGGGGGGGGGACUCGUCCCGGCGGUGCUAUUUUUGGCACUCUGCGCGUCCCUCUCUCACAUCGGUCUGUGCGGCUCCUUCCCGGACGAUGAUUGGCUCAUGAGUCUGGGCUGCAGGGGGACGUCCCGUAGGCCCGCAGCGGAUUUCUCUGCUCUCUUCUGACGUCUAAGUGACCCGGAGUACCAGAGCCUCCCCCCCCCCCCGCUCCCUCGCCCCCCACCCUACCCAAACCGUGCCCCUUAACCACAGGCGUGUGACUGGCAUAAACCGCCAUGUGCCUUAGCUCUUUGCUGCUGCAUGGGGGGGGGGAGCAGGGUCUGCUGGGUGGAGUCAGGUGCGAAGUGGGCGGGGUCAAACCUGGCAGAGGAGGCGGGGCUUAAAAGGCAGGGGCGAGGCGGAGCAUCGACGUUCAGGCAGGCCAAGGCUUCUGCCCCGCCUUUCAGGGGAUGUUCUCCUAAGACUAAAUCCGCAUUUCGAUAUUUGUAUAAGCUUUUUAAGUGUGCCCCACUGAGGAUCCCUUAAAAAAAAAAAAAAAAA